GAAAAAAGAAAGAAAAAAAAAAGUGGAUUUCAGAAACUCUUCUUUCACUAACUUUUGUGACUACUCUAAAUUGAUCACUUGUUUCCCUGACUAAUCUCUAAACAGAGGGCAUAUCCUUUUCACUUGCAAAAUACUCUCACACAAAAUGAAUUACCUUCCCACCACCUUGGUUACUUGCCAGGGAGUACUUUAUUUUUCCACUAGGAAAAAGAAAAUCAGCUUGUAUUUUGCUUGCAAGAGCCUUCUGCAUUUUAAUUCUGAACUCUGAAUGAACAUCAGAGAGGCCUUAUGAUGUUUUGCACAAAAGUGCCUGUGUUCAUAGUUUUACUCAGGGCACCCAAAAUAGCAUGCAGUAUGCAGUGUCGUACUGUGAGUUUUCAAAAAUAAAAGCAGGAGUGACUUAUACUGGCAGGAAGCUGUAACUCCUAAAGCUUUUCAAGGAUCUGUGAAGUUAAAAAGAACUUCUUACUUCUCCUCAUCAGUUGUUUAAUUUGACUUUAAAUUAAGGACUUCUGCAAACCUUGAAGGCCCCGUGGUUACAUAGAGAAUUUGAUCAACUUGGAAUAACUCAACUUUGAAACAGUUCAGAUUUUCCCCAUUUUCUCAAGAUGAAAAUCGUUUGAAAAGAGGUUUCAGCAUGAAUUGCUCCACUAUCCUCUCUCUUGUGCUGUCACUUGUUCAACUUGGACAUUGUUACCCAACCACGCAGAACUUCAGUGCUCAAAACACAGAUCAGUCUUACACAACAAUUCAAAGAGUGAAGCGUGGCUGGGUAUGGGAGCCACUUUUUGUAACUGAGGAACAGACCUCAACGAUGCCUACGUAUGUUGGACAGCUGAAAUCAGAUUUAGACAAGGAGGAUGGCAGCCUACAAUAUAUUUUGACAGGGGAGGGAGCUGACAGCAUUUUUUUCAUCAAUGAACAUGGCAAAAUUUAUGUGAGGCAAAAGCUGGAUAGAGAAAAGAAAUCCUUCUACAUUCUAAGAGCACAAGUCAUCAACAGGAAAACUCGAAUUCCUAUUGAACCUGAUUCAGAAUUUAUUAUCAAAGUUCGAGAUAUCAAUGAUCAUGAACCACAGUUCUUAGAUGGACCUUAUGUGGCUACUGUUCCAGAGAUGUCACCUGAAGGUACUUCUGUUACACAGGUAACAGCUACAGAUGGUGAUGAUCCUUCCUAUGGGAAUAAUGCCCGGCUGCUUUACAGUCUCAUUCAGGGUCAGCCUUAUUUCUCUGUGGAGCCAAAGACAGGAGUCAUCAGAAUGGCUUCCCAAAUGGACAGAGAAACAAAAGAUCAGUAUUUGGUUAUCAUCCAAGCAAAAGAUAUGGUUGGACAAGCAGGAGCAUUUUCAGCAACAGCCACUGUUACCAUCAACCUCUCUGACGUCAAUGACAAUCCACCCAAAUUUCAGCAGAGACUCUACUAUUUGAAUGUCUCUGAGGAAGCUCCUGUGGGCACUACUGUAGGCAGACUCCUGGCAGAAGACAGCGACGUAGGGGAGAAUGCAGCCAUGAACUAUUUCAUUGAAGAAGACAGUUCAGAUGCUUUUGGCAUCAUUACUGACAGGGAUACUCAGGAAGGAGUUAUCAUACUAAAAAAGAGAGUGGAUUAUGAGAGCAAGAGGAAACAUAGUGUUAGAGUAAAAGCUGUAAACAGGUACAUUGAUGAUCGUUUUCUGAAAGAAGGACCAUUUGAAGACAUAACUAUUGUACAAAUAAGUGUGGUAGAUGCUGAUGAAGCUCCAGUUUUCACCUUGGAGAGCUAUGUGAUGGAGAUUGCUGAAGGAGCUGAAAAUGGCUCGUUGGUAGGAAUUGUAUCUGCAAGAGAUCUGGACAAGGAUGACAGCCCAGUCAGGUAUUCUAUUGUCCAAGGCGUGCAUUUAAAGAGAUUGUUCAGCAUCAAUGAACACAAUGGAACAAUCAUUACAACUGAACCUCUGGACCGAGAGAAAGCUUCUUGGCACAACAUAACUGUUACAGCCACAGAAACUAGAAAUCCUGAAAAAAUUUCAGAAGCAAAUGUAUAUAUUCAAGUUCUUGAUGUAAAUGACCACGCACCAGAAUUCCCUAAAUAUUAUGAAACAUAUGUUUGUGAAAAUGCAAUCCCUGGUCAGCUAAUUCAGAGUAUCAGUGCAGUGGAUAAAGAUGAUUCAGCAGAAAGCCACCAAUUUUACUUCUCGUUGGCUCAGGAGGCCACAAACAACUCACAUUUUACUGUCAAAGAUAAUCAAGAUAACACAGCUGGAAUUUUCACAGCAGUAAGUGGCUUCAGUAGACAAGAACAGUUUUAUUUCUUCUUGCCAAUCUUAAUUCUGGAUAAUGGAUCUCCACCACUUACAAGCACAAACACACUCACUGUCACUGUCUGUGACUGUGAUACUGAAGUGAACAUGUUAUACUGUCGAUAUGGAGCUUUCUUGUAUUCCAUAGGCCUCAGCACAGAAGCUUUAGUUGCUGUUUUGGCUUGCCUACUAAUACUCCUGGUGUUCUUUUUGGCAAUUAUAGGCAUAAGACAGCAGAGAAAGAAGACUCUGUUUUCAGAGAAAGUGGAAGAAUUCAGAGAGAACAUUGUCAGGUAUGAUGAUGAAGGAGGUGGUGAGGAGGACACAGAAGCUUUUGAUAUUUCAGCACUGAGGACACGCACUGUCUUGAGAACACACAAACCGCGAAAGAAAAUCAACACAGAAAUUCACAGCCUCUACAGACAGUCUCUGCAGGUUGGUCCUGACAGUGCUAUUUUCAGGCAAUUCAUUUCAGAAAAGCUUGAAGAAGCCAAUACAGACCCUAGUGCUCCUCCAUAUGACUCACUUCAGACAUAUGCUUUUGAGGGGACUGGCUCUUUGGCAGGAUCUCUCAGCUCCUUAGGCUCAAAUACAUCAGACAUGGAUCAAAAUUAUGACUACCUUGUAGGCUGGGGACCUCACUUUAAACAGCUUGCAAGCAUGUAUGCUUCCCAAAGAAAUACUGUAGAUUAGUUAUUGUUUGAUCAUUUGUUUUUUCCAUAAAUUUUCAGUAACCAAAAUCAACUCGUUGUACCACAUUGAAGCACAAAAACAAAGACCUAAGUCUUGGAUGUGGAGAUUUUCUGGAAAAUCAUACCAGGCCUAUCACUAGUUGAGAGAAUGGGCAUUCUCCAUCUGAAUAAAUAAAUAAAUAAACUAAGAUUGUGCUGCCUUGGAUAUCAAGACCUCCAUUCUGGGCAAAGAAAAUCCAGGUCUUGAAAGUCCGGAAGGAGGAAUAUAAGCCAUAAAUGGUUAUUGUAAAUAUUCUGUCAUCCACAAGCUUUAAUGUAUUUCCAAAGUUGACAGAAUUUUGCUCUCACAGUUGAAUAUAUUCAUUAAGCAAUAUUAAAUAUUCACAUUUGUAUAAUGCUUCAUUAUAUAAAUAAGCUUGUGUGACAAAAUAGAAUACAAUUGUCAGAAGUACUUAAUAAUCUAUUUAUUGUUUGUAAGAUGAUAAAAAAAAAAUAAAUAUCCUUUCCUAUAAAUGUAAAAAUAAAUACUUGUUACAACAACUGCAUACUAAUUUCUAUAAUGGAGCUAUUGGGAAAUACAUAAAACCAAUACUUAUUUUAGCAAAACAGAUAGUGGGGAAAAAAAAAUAAUAACAAAUAAAUAAAUAAAUAAUUGUUCAAGUUAGAAUCAAUAUUCAACAUAAAUACUGCAAUCGACCAAGCUAUAUUACUGUAUUUAUAACAAAAUAUUAUCCGAGCAUAAGUAUUUAAGAGUUUAAAUAUAACUGAUAUAUCACCAUAGAUUUUAUUAUUAUUAUUAUUAUUAAAUACAAAAUUAUCUGAAGUAAUCGAUUUCACUAUAACAGUGCUACAGAUCUUUAAAAUUCUAAGCUGAUGGUUAUAAAAAUUUAUGUGUAACAUUGGAUAAUAAGAUAGUAAAAUGUUUUAAUGUUGAUCCAUUUUUUUUUCUGAAAAUGAUCAUGUAUCAUACUAUUGGGCUCAAAUAAAACUUCACAAUUAAUUUCCCACUGUGUUUUUUACACAUAAUCUACAGUGAAUACAAAGAUGUCUCAGACAGUUUCUAUACUCUUACUCUACUCAGCAGCAGUUUUGGAUCUAAGAGUCAUCAAAUAAUCACAAAUAUUCAAAAUGAUCUGUCUGGAAAAAGGGAUUCACUUGGAUUUUACUUAUUUGUCUUCCAUUAGCUUCUUAUUUUAUAGAUUUUUGAUUUUUUUUUCUUAUAUUACAUUUUUAAUCUGUUAUGUAAAAAUUACGUUUGAAUUAGAAAAAGCCAUGCAAAACAUAUGAAAGAAUGAAAAAAAAUACAUGUAACAUAUAAGCUCUGUAGUGUUUUCUACAAUUGCUGUUCACCAAGUAAAAGCAAGAGGUAUAGGUUAAGUGGAAAUGUGCCAGUGUAGAGUUCAAAUUAAUGUCAGCUAAAAAUAAAACAUGGAGGAGUCUGAAAGUCAGGAGAGAGAUGAAACGUGAAGUCUGCGAAGGGCACAGAAAAUAUUAGUGAUCCUAGUUACACGAAAAUACUGAAGGAUCAUAACACCUAAUGCUGCACAUAAGCAGCAUCAUAAGGAAAAACUGUUUUUCUCCACGCUCAUGAAAGGCCCCCAGUAUGAAUGAGUUGUUACAAACACCUUGAAGACAUUCAAAGAACCAAAGAAUCAUAGAAUUACUCAGGUUGGAAAAGAACUUAAAGAUCAUUAAGGCCAACCAUAACCAUACUACCCUAAUUCUAACAACCCUUCACUAAAUCAUGUCCCUGAGCACCACAGCCAAGUGGUUUUUAAACACAUCCAGGGAUGGUGACUCAACCACCAUCCUGGGGAGCUGAUUCCAAUGCUUCACAACCCUUCAUGUAAAGUAGUUUUUGCUAAUAUCCAACCUAAACCUACCACUGUAUUCUAAUUCCUGUGCUCAGCUCUCAAGUAUUUGUUUUGUUUAAUAUUGUGCAUAUUAAUUAUUUGCUCCAAGCAGCAAAGAGAAACAGAGUGCCCUUAUUGUUUGGAGAUGGUGAGAACUACAGUAUUAGUAUUAGGUUUAUAGAUUUACACAGAUUUUACCCUAAAAAAAUCCACAGAUGGCCAUGGUGGCCUUAAUAGAAUUCCUCAUACUUUCAUGUUGUAUUUAGUACAAAUAGGAUACAAAUGUCUGAUCCUUUUUCAAUCCAGACAGUUUCUCUCUUUAGAUAAGAAGUAGCUUUGAAUACCCAAUCAUGUUUCCUCUGACACUGUAAUUUCCUCUGAUGUCUGUAAUGAACUGUAAUGAUAGACAAUUUUUGUAAACAGUGUAGACUUUUGUCAAACACAGCGACUUCUAUAUAAAAGAUAGCAAUGACCUACAAUAGCUCUUAAAUAAUCAUUACCCAAAAUGCCCCAAGAUCACAUUCAUACAACAGGGAAACUGUGUUUGUCUCUGAAGAAAAUAUUCUUAGUUGUUACUGGGCCACAUCCUGUUAGUUUCCUGAUAUUCUAAAUCAAACUUGUAGAUUUAUUUCCGCAUGUGAGAAAAGAAUCAUUGGACUGACCAUGUAACUUCAUAUUUCAUUUGAUAUUUUGACCUUAAUUUAUCUGGAAAAAACAAACAAACAAACAAACAACAACAACAACAACAAAACUUGCAGAAAAGUUUUGUAGAAGUCUCUGUUUACUUAAAGGAAAUGAAAAAAUUUGAGAGACUCCAACAAUUAAGAGUAUGAAAUUAACAAAUAAUAAGUUAUAAUCCUGAGUAUUUGAUGAGAUUUAUUAAACCAUGUAAUGUAAUGAUGUUCCUAAGAGAAUCUUCUGCUACCUUUUAAAAUUCAGAAAUAGCUAAAAUUAUCUACAUUAUGGGCUGAAGAGUGAAAAUGUGGUAAAAAAAGGCAUAUAUAUAUAUAUUCAGCUGCUCUUGACCUGCCUGAGCAAAUAUAAACAAGUGUUAUCUGGUCAGAGGAGAUAAUACGAGGAGAUUAUACAAACUGUUUUCUAUGUGAAUGUCUCUGGAGAGAUUUUGCUGUGGUUGGUUUUACUUUUUGUUUUUGUUUUCCAUGUAACAGGUUAAGAACUGGACAAAUGCAUGACUAAAGAUAAUCAGAUAAUCUUCAUUCUUCUGUGUUAUUAGUUUAUUAAAAAAAAAAGAAAUCUAUGCAUAUUUUAAUAAAUAAUGUUCAUCUGUCUGAACAUAAGAAAAAAAAUCACUUGAUAGGAGAUUGCAGUUUCAUACUCAUGAUUGUGACUGGAAAAUGGGUGGAGUUGCUUAUUAGUUCAUGCAAAAUAAAAUGGCUUCAUUUAAUUUUCAUUUUGUAUAUCAGAAUGCAGGCAUUCUUUUAUUAUAACACUGAAAAGCUCCCUUGCUUGCCACAUAAGACAAGCUCAGUCUUUAGUUCUCAUAAUUUUUAUAGUCUUUUCUCACAGAUACUGUCAUUACAUUUCUUGCUUUGCUUUUAAAAUUAACACUGGAAAUGUGGUUAAUGCUCAUUCUUAGCUGUAGGGGGUAACCCUGUCAGAUGAGUAUAAAAUAUUUUUGACAAGACAGUGUGAAUUCUGUUUUAAGACAGAUAUGAUGUAUGCUCUCUUAGGAGCAGAAGUUGGAGAUUACAUGACUUCACAUGCUGACAAAGGAUAUAUUUACCUUUGAUCCUUGAUCCAGCAUAUAAACAAACACAAAAGAAAUUAGAUGAAAAAUGUCAGUAGCUACUUACAAAGAUUUAUCUACCAGAAAUUUAUGAAGUAACACAAAAUAGAUAAAUAUUUUGAAAAAGUUGAUGCAUUUUGUAACAGUAGUUUCACUCCUAAAAAAAAAAAAAAAAAAAAAAAAAA